CCACGGUGGCACACCAACGCACGCCGCUCCUCGCUCGCGUCUCGGCGGCACGCUCGCAAACGCUCGGUCGCGGGAGCCAGGACGCGGAUGCUGGUGCUGAGGCGCGUAGCCCGAGGUCGCACCGUCUCGCCUCCGUUAGCAGCGGCGGCAGCAGGGACAGUCAGCAGGGAAGAGGACCUUGACGCCACCCAGCUGGGAGCAGAGAGGGAAGGACGUUCCGCGUGGCGGAGGCGGCGCACACGGGCUUCUGCGAGACGCGAAUCGGCGGCGCCGGAGGGACGCGUAAAGGGAAGGUCCAGGAGGUGGGGCGGUCCUGUGAGUCACCCGCGGCCCUCGUGUCCCCUCUGGUCCCCUCUGUGGCUCUCGUUUGGGGCGGAGCCUCUUGCAUGGUGGUGCUUGCGCGCACGCACGCCCCCUCUUCCCCCCACCCGCGCCCUCCGCCCUGUGUCCGCGCGCCGACGCCGGCGAGCGACACGCAGGUGACGCGACACGUGCUGGCGCUCUGUGCGAGAGGGUCUGCGGUGCCACGGACGGGGCCUUCAGUGCCUGCGAGGAGGACGCGAGAGGCCGAGGGAGUCGCAAGAAGGACCCGGGGAUGGGUGGUCGCUCCUAGGCCUAGGCACGCCCCCUGCCCUGCCCCCGCGCGCGGAGAGUGCCUCGUCCUGCCCACGCCAGGGGGGCCCUAUGAAGAGCAUGUGCUGCUGCUGGGCCCCCCAGAAGGAACAGCUAAGUGACAGCGGGGGUCCGGGAGACAGCGGCGGCGGCGGGGGGAACAAUGUGGGCAACGGAGGCGGCGGCAACUCGCUCACCCGCGGCGGAUCCACGCGCGGCAGCCUGCGGAAGGUGCUGCCGUCAGUGCCCGACAUGGACCAGCAGCUGUCCAUGGCGGCCAAGAUGAUCGACCGCCGGACCUCCACGCCCAAAGGGAACCACUCCUACAGCCCCUACUUCCUCGAGUACACGCUCCUCGCCGAAUAUAAUCUAUUGCAGAAGCAGAGACUAUCAGGAGUUUAUGUUGUGCCAUCUGGCAAAUCACCGCUUGUGUGGUUUGGAGUCAUCUUCAUCCGCCAGGGAAUAUACCAGGAGGGAAUCUUCCGCUUUAACCUCCACAUCCCAGAGAAUUAUCCUGAUGGGGAUGUGCCGACUGUGGUGUUUGAGACUCCGGUGUUCCACCCUCUCAUCGACCCUGAAACCUUGGAACUGGACAUCAAACGAGGCUUCGCUAAUAAGUGGCGCCGGAAUGUAAACCACCUAUGGCACGUGUUGCUGUAUGUGCGCCGCUGUUUCUACAAGAUAGAGACGACACAUCCUCUUAAUCCAGAAGCAGCUGUACUAUACGACAGCGACAAUGAAAUGUUCGUUCUGCGGGCACGAGCGUGCGUGGAUGCUAGCAAGGAGAUUGUGUACGACCCACCAGCUACAAAUGACCCCCAUGCAAUAGUCUUUUCCCCUUAUCAGCCAGCAGUGCAUGACCCCGUUCGUGAGGAAAUGAAAAAGGAGAGAAAUGACUCGGAAGGGUCCUUGAAAGAGGGCAGCAGCAGCAAUGGCCUCUCAUGGGUCAAACCAGGUACUCUGCAGAUCUUCUCGAAAGCGGCAUCUUGACAGACACCUUAAGCCUCGUAAGCCGCUUGGUCAGAAAACGUCUCACAGCUGUCUUGAGAUUUGGACUCUGCAGUGUGUGUGUAUUGGUCUCUUUUUCACUAAAAUCAUAUGUUAGAAUCUUACCCUGGGGCUUUGGCUCCUAUCGGCUGAAGAUAUCUUUGGCCCAAUAUGUGAGUGACAUGGUGUGCGUCUCUUUUUGGCGAGGUGUGUUUGCGGUCGGUGUCUCAGAGACCGAGUGACUCAAACGCGUUUUAUAACUUGAGGUGGUAUUUGUGAUGUCUCAUGAUGUGGGUGCUCUUGCGUGUCACAAACAUUUAAUACCAGACACAAAGUUCUUAAAUGAUUUUUAUUUUUUGAUGCCCCAAAGUUUUUUGGAUAUUGCAAUAUUUGAUUGUGUUUUGGAAUCAGCCCCCAGUGAAGAUUAAAUACAUAGGCUUUAACAUUAUUUUUUACUGUGAUGAAAUAUGUUACUGGAAGCCAGGUAUGACUAUCAAAAAAACAGAAGGCAAUGUUAUACUUAAUGUAUUUUAGAAGGAUUUCAAGCCAAUCGUCUGGAACCCAUUUCAAUACCAUGUUUUUUUUUUCCUCUUCCAAAAUAAUGUGUCAUAUUUGCUCUUUAAAAAAAAAAAAGUUACUAGUUAUUGUUAGCGUAUUUGUAAAUUGGUUCCUUUUCACGUUGAUGGUGACAAUUUCAAACAUUAAGGGAGAAAUUCAUUCCUUACUCAGUUUGAGUUAAAAAGGUAUUUUGAUGCUAUUACAAACACUUGUUAGUAUUUCUCAAUAAUUUUAGACUUUUUCUCUGUUACCCCCAUAUAAUUAAGGAGUGUUUUUAACCAUUAUUUCUUAAAAUUGCCAUAAGCAAGAAAAAAAAAAAAAAAAAAAAAAAAAAAAAGCAUAAGAUUUA